UCUUUCCUAUUACCGACUCCAGCCCCUUAAUUCCAUUCCUCUGCUUCUAUUCAAGGUCAUCUUCCCUCUAUCUACCUACUGAAAUGAAUAGGCUUAAAUUCCGCAUCACGUUCAAGGCCGUCAGAAGACACCGGCGUCGUAACUUGAAGAGACUCAACGGAAACUAGAAGAAUCAACCAAAGUUUAAGUUGAAUCAAAUGUUGAAGAAGGACCAGGAGUCAGCGUAAUUGGGACCAAGAAGGAGUAGCGUUGCUGGGAGACAAGUAUUCUACAGGUCAGAGACUUUCAGCCGUGACACCGACAAUGAUUUUGGGGUAGUCUGUGCUUCCCAGAGCUUUGAGCGGCCAUUAAUGGCAGACCUCGAGGUUGAGCUCCAGGAACUGAACAAAUUAAAGAAUUACAGAGGUUGUAAUCAAGGCCUGGGCUUUCCUUGAGCAGCAAUGGGGACCAGAGCGGUGGCGGAGCGACUGGGAGUUGGGCGGCACUGCGACGGAGGUAGUGGAACUCUAAGCUUCGUCGGAGUCUCAUAAACCUUUGUUCCGUGUUACUUGACGGAGCAACUGGAUUCUUCCACUUUUUAAGAUCUGGAAGGAUAAAUUGUAUCCUGUCUAUAAGUUUGUGGUUGUAAGGAUAAUUUAGACAUUUGAAGAUAUAUGAGGCUGUAUUUAGCAAAAGUGUGGCUGUAAAUAGAAUUACCCAUUCCCAUUUUCGAAUCGCCAAUCCGCCAUUCGCAAAUCGCAAUUCGAAAGCCGGAAGCACCAGCCACCAAGAAGCAGCGCGACGCCGCCACACCGGCAGCUGUCACUCCGUCCGUCAGACUCCCGCGACAUCGGCUAGUUCAGUUCCUAAUUAGAGAAAUGGAAGAAAAAUGGGCCGCAUUCGACGCGGCAAUUCGUCCAUAUUUGGUUGACAUUGAGCAAGCUCAUUCCUACGUUACGUGGUGUAAUUUCAAUAAAGCAGCAUCUGUUUCCCGGUCUUUUCUAGAGCGCUUGAUAGAAAGAAUUCGGUCUAACGAUAGCAUACUUAAAUGUGUGGGGAGUGAUUCUGAACUGGAAGGUUUGUUGGGUAAUGCUGGAUUGAUCUUUAUUCAGUCCUUGGAUGAACUUGGAAGGACAUCGGAAAUAUUGAACGAACUCAAAGUCUUGUUUGGCUCAGUGACUGCCAUACCUGCUCAACUCAUCAUUACUUGGUCAUCUUUCCCAAUGUCUGACGGCCUUUCUUCUCAUUUCCUAGAAGCUGUUGAAGAAUAUCUCAAUAGCUGGCAAUACAUGGAGGAACCUUAUGAUCAUUAUGCUUGUGAAAUUGCUCAUGGAGGGGGCUUCGGUAUGAAGAAUGAGCUGGCAGUUAAUGAUUAUCUAGACGUUGCGGAGAUCUAUGCCAUAGCUUUUCUGGGAAGGACACUGAAGAAUUUUGAUCUCGCCCUCUCAUGGGUCGAGAAAGCUAGUUUGCCCGAGGAGAAUCGUCAGGAUCUGUUGAGGCAAUUGUACUCAAUGAACUCCUCUGAACCCGUGACUGAAAUAGAUGAACAUCUGACUGAAUCUUCUUCCAUAGAGGACCAUAAAACCAGUUCUUCAAACAAUCAGGAGAAAAAUUUAAAACAAGCGCUCGUUGAAUUGUUCAAAAAGAGAGCACCUUUUUGCUGGUUCCGCAGCAUAAGAUUGAAGUUUGGGAAUCCUGGAUUUGUCAUAUCAAAUGGAAUUUUUUUUUUAUGCUGUGCAGCUCUCGUCAUAUUUCAUUUCAUCAGGAAGUCAAAUCUGAAGAGGCUCAGAAGAUGUGUGAGGAGUUGGAAGGUGUCGGUUAAGGCAUAUUUACAGGGAAAUUAAUUCAGCAGCUCAUGCUUUGGCUUGCACAGUCUCUAAAGAAGUACAUGCUUUUGUGAGUGCCUAUAUCUAACACCCUGGAUAGCUAAAUCAAGGAAUUGACUGACCGAGCCUGAUUUGCAUUAAAGAACUUUGUUUCUUUCAUAUAUUGAGUUGAUCUAACAUUAGUAAAAAUACACUUCCUGAGAGCAUGUAUGGUUGCAUCUCAGUCAUAUGGAUGUAAAUAAUGGCUACGCAACUAUAAUACAUUACUAAUGUGACCAUUUUUGUUUCGAUUGUUUACUUUUCUAUCUGAAGGGGUGAAAUUGCAUUCUGUUUUUA